UAGUCUGACCGGUUUUAUUCGAGUAGAUCGCUCCGCUGUAACGUUACAGGAUGGCGGAUCAGUGUACCGAGAUUCGGCAUAGUUUUCCCUCGAAAAUGUUGCUGAAACACCGCAGGCCGAUAUCACUCCUCGUUGUACUCCUGCUUGCUGCGGGAUGCAUUUACUUCACAGCAGGCUACAUUUCUUACGGCUUCAGAGCAAUUCGGUACACAAACAUGGUUAUGCAGACCCCCAAACCAGUUGUCAUUCACCACAACCCCAGAGGGAAGAACGAGAGCAUCGCCUGUGUGGUCGAGAAUUCUGUAGGAGGCAGUUGUGAUGGGCUCGGCUUUGCCUCCAUGGUUUUGCAGACGAUAGACGACAUCACAACAUGUCUUGCACGUGGGUUCGUUCCGACUGUCAUUUGGGCUGAUUGCGACUACUGUGGGCCGCCUGGAAACGGUCAGAACUACUGGACGUGGUACUUUGAAGGUAGAAACGAAGAUAUCGUACAAGAGGCGAAGACUCGGGUGUGUAUGGGACCCCAUAGGAUUCCCUACACCACUCCUUCGGUUUACCUGACACAACCAGAAGCAAGGGGCGAACUGGUGGAUUUCCGGUUUGUCGACAUGAAAAACAAAGUUACAGAAUACUUCCAACCAAUCACAGCAGAGACCCGGGCUCUUGUCAAUUACGUCAUAUCCGGUUAUCUCAAGCCAUCCGCUCGAAUGACGAACAUGGUGGAUUCUUUCUACCAAUCCUACCACAUGGCGGACAGCAUUAAUAUAGGUGUCCACGUGAGACUGAAAGAAGGUCACGCUAGGGAGAUGAAACUCUACCACCAGACGCCUCCCAAACUCCAAGAAUUCCUUCAAGUCGUGGAACGUCUCACAAACGACAUCGCCGCCAAACACCCCGGCAGGGAGAUCCGGAUAUUCCUGGCCUCCGAUCUCGACGAAGUCAUCAAGGAAUUCAAAUCCAAGUUUGGAAAGGACAGAGUGUUGCACAUCGGUGCUUUCAGGGGAGAAACAUUGGAGGAUCAUUGGCAACGGAAGGACACUGGGCAGUUGUUGGGUGACCAGGUGUUCAGUGACAUAUUGCUGAUGUCUAAGUGUGACCACCUUGUCCAUGACGAGUCCAACGUUGCUUCAGUGACGUACUACUUCAACCCAAACCUUCAGAGUCACUACGUCAGUGGAAACGCAGCAGACUUCAGACGACUCAACGCGCAACCUCGUUUCGAUCCAGAGGAACUUUUUCGCCAAGCCGUUGCCAGGGAGACGCGUAACAUGGUCCUUCCUGAUUGGAAAGAUUCGUGGGUUCGUUUCAACGCCUGGUUUCGAGUGCUGGGGGAAUUUUGGUUCUUCGAAAAAGGACUAUACAUGGGUGACCUGACGUGUUUCUACAAGAAUAUCAAAUGGAGCAAAUGUCGGAAUGAGUUUUUAAGAUCGAAGUUUGUCAGCAAUAGCCACAUGAAGGAAUUGACUGGUUUGUAAGGUUGUUAAAAUAUGCAUACAGGGGUCGAAAUAAGGAUGGGACUAGGUGCGGUGAGGUGAGGUGCUUGAAAUGAAUUGUGGGAAAAGAUAAACUCAGAUUGAGAGAAAAAAUGUCAGCAAAACAUAAUUAAAGAAGCGCUCUUUUCUCUACAGAUUCAUGUGAAAUCUUACUCCCAACUCCAAAAUUUUUAACAACAAAGCUUUCAAAGUUUCAUCAUUUUUCAUGACAGUUAAAUGUCCAGAACAUGUUGUAUGCUAGUGUUUUAUAAUACAUAAACUACAUAACUGCAUUGUAAAAGUGUACUUGUGCGCCAUCAAAAUUUGGUGCCCGGCUCCAACCCUUGAAGUGCACAAUCAUAUACUCAGAAUAUUAAGCCCUGUGCAUGUUCCUAGCUACAGUCAGUAGUGAUUUUUGUGACAUGUAAAUACACUGUGUAAAUACUAUUGUAUGUAGUUUUUAACUCCUAGCAAAUUUUUUAAAUAAAGUCAAAGAAAUGAGGCAACAUUAUGUUUCUUACAAUCUAUCAACACUCAAUUUAUUCAAAAACAUCCUUUACCAUAUG